AUGCUCUCGCGCAGCGCCCACACGGGCAGAAGCCUUCGCCUUCUUCCAGCAUGUCCCCAGACGCCUAGGCGAUACCUCACGACCCCAGUCCCGGGCAUACCUCCCUUCACCCCCGCCCACCUCGCUCGACUCCGGCAAUCACUCCUUCCCCUCCCGGACCACUUCCUACCCGGCUCGUACCCACCAGGACAUACCAUCUCCGUCUCCCUCGGCUCGCGCCAGCCUACAGAAGCAGCCGUACUCAUACCGCUCAUGAAUAUUGAUGGGGUCCCGCAUGUGCUCUUGGAGGUGCGCGCGGCGCAGAUGCGGACGCACGCUGGGGAAGCUAGCUUCCCUGGAGGUCGUGUAGACUCGGGCUUCAUCCACUCUUCCCCUCCACCAUGGCCACAAUCCCCAUACACCGCCUUAUCCUCCUUCCCGCUCUCCCAACUCCGCCCCUCCCCAUCCGAAGUCUCCUCCAUCCUCCCUCUCUCGCUCGAAUCCCUUCUCGAUCCCGAAAGACAAUCACUCCAUUACUUCAGGAUGGACGGUCGGAAGGCGUACUAUAAGAUCUGGGUGGAUGAUCUCAUACCUUCUCCUCAGGCCGGUCCGGAUGACACUGCGAGGAGAAUAGGGACAGAUAGGCCCGAGAGGGGUUUGUCGGGCGAGAGGAAAGGGCUGAAGGUGUGGGGUCUGAGCGGGUGGUUCUUGAACAAAUUGGCGGUGAGGGCUGGGUGGUUCUCUUUGCCGGAACAUCCGGGGGAUCCAGAAGACUAG